AUGCAGAAUAUGAUGAAAUUCAGAGGGCAACUAAAGAACGGGCAGACAUUGUUGCCAAGUAUGAUUUGGGCAGGGAAGAGGGAGCGCAGAUAGAUCCCUGGGAGGAUCCAGCGUUUGAGGUCUACCAUGUCACCGACAGAUAUGGCUUCAUUCAUGAUAAAGCCUUGCCCAAGAGUGUGGAUGCCGCAGAAGAAAAGAGCAAGCAAGUGGAAAGAGAGAGGACAACAAAAUGGCUGAAGAUGUUGAAGGCGUGGGAUAAAUACUAUCCUGGAGAAAAGCUGACACGGCGGGUUUACAAAGGAAUUCCUGACUGUCUGAGGGGCGAAGUCUGGACAAAGUUGCUGAAUAUUCCAAAAGUGAAGGCAGAGCAGGAGGGUAUAUACCAGCAAAUGCGUAACAGAGCACGUACGAAAUCUACAUCGAUACGUCAGAUUGAUCUGGAUGUGAAUCGAACAUACAGAAACCACAUCAUGUUCCGAGAAAGAUACGGUGUCAAGCAGCAAGCCUUGUUCCAUGUACUGGCUGCCUACUCAGUCUACAACACCGAGAUCGGAUACUGCCAGGGCAUGAGUGAGGUGGCUGCCCUGCUCCUCAUGUAUCUUAAUGAAGAGGAUGCUUUCUGGGGCUUGUCCCAACUGUUCAUCAGCCCUAGACACAAUAUGCAUGGUUUUUUCAUGCAUGGUUUCCCCAAACUCAUGAGGUUUCAAGAUCACUACGACAAUGUCCUGCGCAAAUUCUUGCCUAAAGUUCGCAAACACCUGGAGAGGAAUGAGAUGUACCCGUCACUGUAUACCAUCAAGUGGUUUCUCCAGUGUUUCUUGGACCGGACCCCCUUCCACCUGACGCUGCGACUGUGGGACAUCCACAUGCUGGACGGGGAGCAGGCCCUCAUUGCCAUGGCUUACUGCAUCAUCAAGAUGCACAGACGAUACAUAGUGAAAAUGCAGAUGGAUGAACUUCUGACUUUCUUCCAAAGCCGACUGGAGAGUAAUUUCAUCUACGACAACGAUGUGGUGAUUGAACAGUUACAGAUUUGCAUGGAGGAGCUGAAGAAAGCCAAAAUGGCCAUCCCACCGAAGGGCAAAAUCAACGAACAACCUACACUUCCAUUUGGUCUAGAGAUUCAGCCUAGCGUCGAGGAGUUGAUAGGCCGCAGGACUGACGAAACGGUGGAUGAACAUUUCCGCAAGAAUAUUCAAAGACCAGGGGGUAAGGCUGCCUACUUGAGAAGGAAAAACACCAGUGGAAGUGUGACAGGGGGCGCACAUUUACUCGGCACACCUGAAAUGUCACGGAGUCGUGGAGAUACAAGGUCAUUACAUUCUCGGAUCUCACAGCACUCACUUGAUGACAAAUCUUCUUAUUAUGACACAGCGACUAAUUCUCGGAUGUCCUUGACCGAUUACAGUGCCAAAACUUCAGCUCCUAGUUCCCGCACAUCUUUCGGAGACAAUUCUGAGAUGGGAAGUAUGUCAGCACUAGCACAUGGUUUAGCAACGUCAGAAGAUUUUGAUGAUGUCAGUAUAGGUGUGACAACACCUACAACACCCACUAAUCGAUCAUUACCCACAUCUCGAUACAGCAGCUCGCCACCGCUUCAUGGUUUUGAGGUGUCCACAUCACCCACACAAGCACGCUCACGGAGCGCCUCAUCUUCCCUGGAACAACAACCACAUGUAAGCAGUUUAAUCAUUGAGCCCAGCCCCACGGUAGUGUACGAACGUUCUCCUCGGCCAGGCACUCUAAUGCACAAUGCCACUGUGCCAACCAGCACAUCCCCAUACCACAGCAGCCCCACCACUCCCACAGACAGUGACUACCAUCGCAGUAUCAUGAAAGGGUCAAGGUCACAUGACACUGAAGCCCAUGCUCUAGAACACAAGCCCCCACAGCACCCUGCAUCGCACAAGAAACAGCAGCCACAUACUUCCAAACAUACCUCCACGUAUGAGCUGUCGUCACAGCACACAACCCGAUUCUCAGAAUCCUCCGACAACAUUAACGGGGUCCAUAGUUCCAGCACCACAGCCAGACUGCCCCGAGGUCCAGCGGUGACCUAUAUACCCGUCAGUAAGUCAGAAGGUUAUGUGUCCAGCAUGCACAAAGCUGAAAUAGCCAACGGACAUGUGGGGCAUCGGUCAGCCAAGAUGAAGGUGACCAGAACAGAGAAUGACAUCCACUACGCUGACCAACCAGACCGCAGGAAACAAAACUUCCAUCUUCAAAAAGAGGUCCAGUCGGAGCAACUCAGCAGUACAGCACCGAGAGGGCAGUCGAAAAUAACUCAUAGUAGAUUUAUAGAGAAGACGUCGCACUUGUAA